AUGCCGCAAUUGGAUGCUAUGAAUAUGGAUCCCUAUUUCUCAGAUCACUCCCCUCUAUGUGUCAAAUUUGGAGAUGAGCCACAGAACUCUAGGCCUUUCAGGUUCUUUAAUCACCUGGCAGAGCAUAGAGAUUUUUUUACAAAUAGUUGCAAGGGUCUAGACAAGAAAGGAAAUAGCACAAAUGCUUGGAAUUUGGAGGAAAUUGAAAGAAGUAAAGGGAGAGUUAAAGAAACUGAAUACAACUCAGUAAAAGGAUAUGGAAGGAAAGGUAUCUCACCUAGAUGCAUGAUGAAGUUAGAUUUGCAGAAAACGUAUGACUCCAUUGAAUGGGUGUUCCUUGAACAAGUGUUAACAACUUUGAACAUACCUGUGAAGUUUGUUAAAUGGGUGAUGAUGUGUGUGAGUACUGUAUCCUAUUCAAUUCCUAUAAAUGGGAAGCCUGCUGAACCAUUCCAAUCUAGGAAAGGGCUAAGACAAGGUGACCCACUGUCACUCUAUUUGUUUGUGCUUGGGGAGACACUAUGUCUAUGCAAAUGGGGUAUAAAAUGUUUCAAAGAAUUCUCUAGAGCAUCUGGACUUAAAGCAAAUGUUGCUAAGAGUUCCAUAUAUUUUGGAAGUGUUCCACACGAAGUUCAACUAGAGAUCCUACAAGCUGUGGGAUUUUUUAAAAGAGAAUUACCUUUCAAGUACCUGGGUAUACCACUUAGCACCAAGAGGAUAUCAAUGACUCAAUGCCAACCCUUGGUGGAUAAAAUUCUAGGUAGAAUAACCUCCUGGACAUCAAGAUAUCUAUCCAAUGCUGGAAGGUUGCAACUAAUCAAAACUGUGUUGUUCUCCAUUCAAAUAUACUGGUCUCAGAUUUUUGUACUACCUAAAAAGUUGAUAAAGAAGAUAGAAGUUGUGUGCAGAACCUUCCUAUGGACAGGGGGAGUGGAAACAUCAAGAAAGGCUCUUCUAGCAUGGGAGAAAGUGUGUAUGCCAAAAACUGAUGGAGGUUGUAAUGUGCUUGAAAUUUCCACGUGGAAUAAGGCUGCAAUAUGUAAAUUGUUAUGGAAUCUCUGCAAGAAGAAAGACAAGCUUUGGGUGCAAUGGAUACAUAUGUACUAUGGGAAGAGACAAGCAGUAUGGAAAACUAAUCCUAGGAAUGCAUCUUGGAUAGUCCAAAAGAUUAUCAAAGCUAAAAAGUACUUUUAA